AUGCCGCACGCAAAUGGUGACAACCACUCUAGUGGCCAGGACCUCGGAUCAGAGCUCUGGAGGCACCCGGCGCCAGAGACUACACAAAUGUGGAAAUUCUUACAGACAGUAAACAAACAGAAAAGUCUGGAAUUGAAAAACUACAACGAUCUCUACGACUGGAGCAUAAACCAGACAGCCGACUUUUGGGACGUUGUCUGGCAUUUCACCGGCAUCAAGGCUUCAGCCCCUUACGACGAAGUGCUACAAAAAGAUGCUCCAAUGUUUCCUAGACCAUCCUUCUUCCGCGGAGCCAAGCUGAACUUUGCUGAAAAUCUACUUUUCCCACCUCAGGCACCUAGCUCUAACAGUCCAGCCAUCAUUGCUGCCACAGAGACUGAUAGAGAGAUUGUGACAUGGGCUGAACUACGUGAGAAAGUCCGCCUGUGCCAGUCUGGCAUGCUUGCUACCGGCAUCAAGCAGGGAGACAGGGUUGCAGGUUAUGUUGCAAACCACACGAAUGCACUGGUUGCCAUGUUGGCUGCCACAUCACUUGGAGCCAUCUGGACGGCGAUCAGUCCUGAUACAGGCGUGACUGCAGUCCUGGACCGUCUGAAGCAGAUUGAGCCUGUCAUCUUAUUUGCAGACAAUGCCAGCUUGUACAAUGGCAAGACCCAUCCUACUCUGCCCAAAGUUCAAGAGAUCGGCUCUUCUCUGCCUAGUCUGCGAGCACUGGUCAUUUUUCCCACGGUCCCAUCAGUAUCGGCACAGAUCGAUGUAACCUCCUUAGCAGGAAUUGUAGUUUCGUACGACAGCUUUGUCAAGAAGGAGUUGGCGCCGCAAGAGAUCGUCUUCACUCAGCUGCCGCCCGAUCAUCCAGUAUACAUUCUCUACAGCUCUGGCACGACGGGUGCACCAAAAUGCAUUGUCCAUGGCGCAAUCGGAACUUUGAUUCAGCACAAAAAGGAACACAUCCUACAGUGUGAUAUUCUACCAGGGGACAGGCUGUUCUACUUCACAACAUGUACAUGGAUGAUGUGGCACUGGUUGGUCUCGGGUCUUGCUAGUGGUGCAACAUUGGUACUGUACGACGGCUCUCCUUUCAGAUAUGUUUCCGAUGGCAAGUCCGUUGCGGAUGACCUGGCCAUGGCGAAAUUGAUCGAUGAGCUGAACAUCACGCACUUCGGCACCUCAGCAAAGUACCUUUCAGUGUUGGAACAGAAGUCCAUCAUGCCUAAGGAGCAGGGUGUGUCACUGAAGACACUCAAAGCGAUCUAUAGCACUGGCUCUCCUCUUGCACCUUCGACUUUCCAAUACGUCUAUCAAGCGUUUGGCUCCGUAAACCUAGGAAGUAUCACAGGCGGCACAGACAUCAUCUCCCUAUUCGGCGCUCCUUGCCCCUUAACUCCUGUCUACACCGGCGAAAUCCAAGUCCUCGGUCUGGGCAUGGCUGUACGCGCCUGGGACUAUCAGGGCGCCGACGUGACAUCCAUAGGCGACGCCGGCGACCUGGUCUGCACAAAGCCCUUCCCCUGCCAACCCGUCCAAUUCUGGGGUCCCACCGGCGAAUCCAAAUACCAAAGCUCUUACUUCGAAACCUUCCCCGGUGUAUGGCAUCACGGCGAUUUCAUCCGUUUCAACCCAAAGACUGGAGGACUCUAUAUGCUUGGACGCAGUGAUGGUAUUCUCAAACCCUCGGGUGUGAGAUUUGGAAGUGCGGAGAUUUACAAUAUCCUGCUUAAACAUUUCCCCGAGAAGGUUGAGGAUGCGCUGUGCAUUGGCCGCCGACGCGAAACUGAUGACGAUGAGACAGUCGUCUUGUUCCUCAAGAUGAAAGAAGGAGAGAAAUUCGAUGAUGAGUUGGUCAAGAGCAUUCAAAAAGUCAUCCGAUUGGAGCUCAGCGCCCGUCACGUUCCUGGUAUUGUGGACGAGACACCUGAGAUUCCGGUCACGACGAACGGAAAGAAGAUUGAAGCUGCGGUCAAGCAAAUUCUGUGUGGCAUGAAUGUCAAGACAUCGGCAUCGGUGGCCAACGCUGGUUGUCUUGAUUGGUACAGGGAGUGGUCAAGCAAACAUUAG